AUGGACGAAUACCGCUUUCCUAACUCCCGCCUCAAGAAGAAGAUGGACGACCCGGAAAAGACACCUCUUCUGCUUGUUGCCUGCGGCUCCUUCUCCCCUAUUACCUUCCUACAUCUGCGCAUGUUCGUCAUGGCUGCCGACUACGUCAAGCACAACACGGAUUACGAGAUGAUAGGCGGAUAUCUAUCUCCUGUGUCCGAUGCAUACAAGAAGCAAGGCUUAGCCCCAGCAGAACACAGAGUUGCCAUGUGUCAACUUGCCAUUGAUAAAGCCUCCAAUUGGCUCAUGGUUGACCCAUGGGAAGCGGAAAAGAAGGAUUACCAGCCCACCGCCAAGGUGCUGGACCAUUUCGAUCAUGAGAUCAACGUUAUCCGAAAGGGCAUUGACAAUGGAAACGGUGCCCGGAAACCUGUUAAGAUUUCUCUGCUCGCCGGGGCCGACUUAAUCCAGACCAUGUCUACCCCCGGUGUAUGGAGCGAGAAAGAUCUGGACCAUAUCCUCGGAAGAUAUGGCACUUUUAUCAUCGAGAGGUCUGGCACCGAUAUUGACGAAGCCCUGGCAAGCUUGCAAAACUAUCGCGACAAUAUCCAUGUUAUCCAGCAACUCAUCCAGAAUGACGUCAGCAGCACAAAGAUAAGACUAUUCCUGAGGAGAGGCAUGAGCGUACAGUACCUUAUCCCAGCACCCGUUGUUGAAUAUAUCGAGCAAAACCAUCUGUACAGAGAUGAUGCUCGUUCUUCGAGCACCACUUCUAUCCAACACGCGGAUGGUGACAAAGGGAAGUCCAAGGAAACCCCAGCAGCCAGUUAA